CCCCCGGCUGGUAUAUUAUCCGGGGCUAACAGAAAGGAAAAAAAGAGAACUGCGCAGUCGUCUACUUCAAUUGCUAGGAUCUAGGAGCUUGCGGGGGUGGAGCAGCUGGGAGAGGUGGCGGGCUGUGAAAGCCAUCCAUAGGAGCAGUAGCAGCUUCAGCGACUCGGACUAGGGACCGAGGCCGGUAGUCCAGUCAGAACCAGCACUGGACCCUGCAUUGCUAGCCAGUGAGCCUCCGGCAGUCCAUGGAGCUCCCUGCCGCCUCUGUCCUCACUUCUGCACCCGGCCUUCUUGUGCAUUAAGUCGGUACUUCUGCAGUUCGUUUUCAAAGGUAUCAUACAGCAAUAUGGCUGAGCAGCAGGUUCUCCCCCAGGCUUUGUAUCUGAGCAACAUGCGAAAAGCUGUGAAGAUAAGAGAAAGAACCCCCGAAGAUAUUGUCAAGCCUACCAAUGGGAUAAUUUAUCACUUUAAGACCAUGCACAGAUGCACAGUGGAGAUGUUCAGGACUUGUCAGUUUUGUCCUCAGUUCCGGGAGUUUAUCCUUCUAGCGUUAAUUGACAGAAGCAUCCAGACCUCACUAGAAAGUCAGAGAAAGCUCAACUGGUGCCGGGAAGUCAGGAAGCUGGUGGCCCUAAAAACGAAUGGGGAUGGGAACUGCCUCAUGCAUGCUACAUCACAGUACAUGUGGGGUGUCCAAGAUACUGACUUGGUCCUGAGGAAGGCGCUGUACAGCACUCUGAAGGAGACCGACAUCCGUAACUUCAAAUUCCGUUGGCAGCUGGAGUCUCUGAAAUCCCAAGAAUUUGUGGAAACGGGUCUCCGUUAUGACACCAGGAAUUGGAAUGAAGAGUGGGAUAAUCUUAUCAAAAUGGCAUCACCAGAUACAUCAAUGGCCCGGGGCGGCCUUCAGUAUAAUUCACUUGAAGAAAUCCACAUAUUUGUUCUUUCCAAUAUCCUCAGAAGGCCAAUUAUUGUUAUUUCAGACAAAAUGCUGAGAAGCUUGGAAUCUGGUUCUAAUUUUGCUCCUUUGAAAGUUGGUGGAAUUUAUUUACCUCUCCAUUGGCCUGCUCAGGAAUGUUAUAAAUAUCCCAUCGUCCUUGGCUAUGACAGCCAGCACUUUGCACCGCUUGUUACUCUGAAGGACAGUGGACCUGAAAUCAGAGCUGUUCCACUUGUUAACAGAGAACGAGGAAGAUUUGAGGACUUGAAGGUUCAUUUUCUAACAGAGCCAGAAACAGAGAUGAAGGAGAAGCUACUGAAAGAAUACUUGACAGUGGUAGAAAUCCCUGUGCAAGGCUGGGACCAUGGGACAACUCAUUUAAUCAAUGCUUCAAAGUUGGAUGAAGCGAACUUGCCCAAAGAAAUAAAUCUGGUAGAAGACUACUUUGAGCUCGUCCAGCACGAGUACAAGAAGUGGCAGGAGAACAAUGAGCUGAAUCUUGGAGAGGCUUGUGUUAGGAAUGGGCUGGAACCCCACCUGCCCCAGCUUUCCCUCAUGGAAGUCAAAUGUGAAACCCCGAACUGUCCUUUCUUCAUGUCCGUGAACACACAGCCUUUUUGCCACGAGUGUUUUGAGAGGCGACAAAAUACACAAAACAAACCAAAGAAGCAGAACUCUAAGCCAGGCGUGGAGAAACUCACAGGCGUGGGCCUGGGCACCUCUCAGGGCGAAGCUCGCGAGCCGGCCGGGUGGAAGCCUGAGGAAUCCGCGGCGAUGGGGCCUCACUCGGCACCCCCAACCGCCCCCAGCCUCUUUCUGUUCAGCGAAACGACGGCCAUGAAGUGCAAAAGCCCCGGCUGCCCCUUCACCCUGAACGUGCAGCACAACGGCUUCUGUGAGCGCUGCCAUCACACCCGACGGCUCGGUCCGGGCUGCGACCCGGCCGGCCACCGGCACUUGGACGCCGGGAAGUGCCAGGCGUGUCUCCAGGAUGUCACCAGGACCUUUAAUGGCAUUUGUAGCACCUGCUUCAAAAGGACUACGGAGGCUCCCUCUGGCACGAGCUCCGGGUUCCCUCCUUCCUGCCAUCAGAGAUCCUUCUCUGAUCCCUCCCAGCUGAGCCAGAGUAUCCUUCAGCAUCCUUACCGCAGAACUGGCCACGAGGCUUCUUCCCAGGCCGGACGGAAUCCAGAGACCAGGACCGGGACGAGUAAAUGUCGAAAAGCUGGAUGUAAAUUCUUUGGGACGCCGGAAAACCGAGGUUUCUGUACUCUGUGCUUCAUUGAAUACUGGGAAAAUAACCGUGACCCCCCUGCUUCUGGUCAGACUGAUCCCGCAGCCUCCAGAUUCCAGAAUAUCAUCCCCUGCCUAGGGAGAGAAUGUGGCACACUUGGAAGUACCUUGUUUGAGGGAUACUGUCAGAAAUGUUUCAUCGAAGCCCAGAACCAGAGAUUUCAUGAAGCAAAAAGGACUGAAGAACAGCUGAGAUCCAGCCAGUGCCGAGAUGUUCAGCGAGCAACCCAGAGCUCUCAGAGAAAAAAAUGUGCCAAGGCGACAUGUAAGAACUUUGUGGCUCACAGAGGGGACGAGCUGUGUCCGGAGUGCCAGAGGCACAGCCAGCGACUAGGCCCUGGGGUCCAGAGAGGGGAGCCCGUGACGGAAGAGCUGCCCAAGCAACGGUGCCGAGCCCCAGCCUGCGAUCACUUUGGCAAUGCCAAGUGUAAUGGGUACUGCAACGAAUGCUACCAGUUCAAACAGCUGUACGGCUAAUCAGAAACAGCCAGACCAUCUCCCAAACAUAAAAUAGCAUUUUUUAAAAAAAUUUUUGGCCAAAAUGGUGCUAUCCUGUGAACACUCGGGUGUCUCACUUAAGGGCUAGCCCCGGGAAUCAGGUACGCCAUGGAGGUUUUAGCAUAGGAGAGUAAGCUGUUCACCAGAGUCCUAGCAGCAGACUUAGUCCCCUGAGGAGCUGUGGGGUCCUGGGGCUCCCCCAGAAAAUCUGACCUCUUGCUCUAGGGUAAAAAGUCUUGAGUGCGGUGGUUGAUGAUUUCUGGGGUCACCUCAAGGCCACUCCCCCUCCGGGAGUUCAUACCGUCGUUUCCAUGUUCUGUGACCCGGGUCAUGGAGGAACUCGCGAUGUCCACCGUCCCUGGACACAGCGCUUUUCGUGCUGGGCGUGAAUACCUCUCUUUCACCUGGCGAGCCCCGUCCGGCAUCACGGGGCCAAGAUGGACAUGGAAGGCAUGCAGAUUGCUGAACCUCGUGUUGCCGUAGCCCCCUCCGGCUCAGCAUAUGUCCUGGAUACGGACCUGGAUUCUCUAAGCCAAAAAAACAACCUUCUAGGGGAUGUUCAAGCAAGCUCAGGGAAAACCUUCUAAAAGGAGAGGCAGAGGCAGGAGCCGGACAGUGUUCUUUCCCCGCGUCCGCCUGCUCCCUUUCCCGCGGGACACGACAAAAGCGGACCUGUCCGUGGGUCGGGCAGUCAGUCGGUAGCUGCUGAAUCUUAAGGGACAAGGAGAAAUCAGCACUUCAUCAAGAAAAAACACACGCUGCUCUUUUUUUCCUCAAUAUGCACCUUUUUAAAGACAAAACAUUUACCGCAGAUGACUGGCUUUCUCUGUCCUCACCCUCAAAGCAACGGGCACGAUCUGAGAGGGGAACGCCGGCGGUGUACAUAUAUAAUUUGACUUUGGACCAUAGUUCUAGAUCCGGAGGAGAUCGCAGGGGUAAUCUAGGCCAACCCUUUCGUUUUACACUUGGGGAAGGAAACAGAAACCGGAGAAGCAAAAUCACUUGUUCGAGGUCACACAGGUGGAAGGCGUAAGAGAUAGGAUUUGGACCUACGUCCUCCAAUUCCAGAUCUAGUCGUGUGUCCUUAUAUUAUAUAUGAGGGAUUAUUUUAUAAUUGGAUGACAUAUUGCCCUAGCUAUAGAAUAGGAAAAGUAUAUAAUAACCUAUUUUUUUGGUUGUUGUUUGGGCACAACGUGCACAGCUUGUAAAAAAUCAGACUUGCUGCCUUUUUUUCAAAGGGGUAAAAAUUAAAGUUAUUCUUUAUAAUUGUUUAAAUAUUUUCAUGAGAUCUACCUUAUUUAUUUUAUUAUAAACUUCUUGGUUAUUUAAGUGUACAUUUCUUCUACUAUUUGUAAAAUAGAAUUUCUUGUUGAAUUGAUACAUUCACUGCAUCUCACAUUGUAGAAUUUGGACUCUUCUUGAUUACUGUGAGAAUUUCUGUUUCCUAAAAAACACUUUGCUUCCCUCCUGACAGAAAAGGGAAGGAAUAAAAAGUAAAUUAAUUCAGA